AUGCUCGGAAAAGUCUCCCUCGAAGAAGCCUACGAAAUCCCCAACUUGGCGGAUCAAUCUCGUGACCAGGCUGCCAUGUAUAUUGCCCCAAAGGACCUCGAUCGUUACAUGCGCCAAAUCAAAUCCAUCACUGGUGAACGUGUCAAGGUCUCUGAUGCGAAUGGAAUUGGUUACACCAUCGUUUCUUUGACCGUUCCAGGUAUUCAAGGAAUCAUAGACCCAGUUAAGGCCGAGAAACAUGCCACUGAAUGCAACAACUACAUCGCCAAUGAAAUCAAAGACCACCGAGAUCGACUUGGAGCUUUUGCGUGCCUUUCAAUGCACAACCCCGAGCAAGCUGCCGCAGAGUUGGAACGAUGUGUCAAGGAAUUUGGAUUUCACGGUGCUCUCGUCAAUGAUUUUCAACAUGCUGGUCCUGAUGGAGAGACCUACCUCUACUACGAUCAACCUGCUUACGAUGUUUUCUGGAAGAAAUGCGUAGAGCUUGAUGUUCCACUCUACAUUCAUCCUGCCGCACCAACUGGAUCCAUGUAUGAGAAACAAUUUGCUCAACGCAAAUAUCUCAUUGGCCCACCACUUAGUUUCGCUAAUGCCGUUUCCCUUCAUGUCUUGGGACUUAUCAGUAACGGUGUCUUUGAUCGUUUCCCAAAACUCAAACUCAUCAUUGGUCACUUGGGCGAGCAUAUUCCUUUCGAUUUUUGGAGAAUCAAUCAUUGGUUUGAGGAUGUCGAAAAGCCUCUCGCCGAGAAAAAUGGUGACAUUCCUUGGAAGAAGACUGUCGUUGAUUAUUUCAAGACAAACAUCUGGAUCACUACCUCCGGUCAUUUCUCGACCCCUACUCUCAAGUAUGUUUGUGAGUACUUAGGUCCCGAGAGAUUGCUAUUCAGUGUUGAUUAUCCAUAUGAGACAAUUGAGAAUGGAUGUGGAUGGUGGGAUGGUGAUGCGGAGAACAUCAAGAAGGCGCUUGGUGGCCGAAAAGCAUAUGAGGAUGUUGGAAGGGAAAAUGCAAAGAAGUUGUUGAGACUCGGAAAGUACCAUGAUUCGGAAGCUGUGGUCGAGUAA